AUGAUACAAGAUUUGAUUGGCUUUAGGGCACCUAUUCUAACAGAUGUAAUGUGUGAGGAGAAUCCGAUUUGGAGCUUGAUGCUAACCAGUUCAUCAAGCACCACCCAUUUGCGCCUCCCUCCAAGCCCACCCGCUCUUCCUCUCAUUGGUCAUCUUCAUCUCAUUAGCCUAACAGUCCAAAAAUCCGUCACUGAUAUCUGCACUAAAUAUGGUCCUCUUCUCUAUCUCUAUAUUGGAUCUAUGCCCUGUGUUGUUGUUUCAUCAGCUGAUGUGGCCAUGGAAAUCUUCAAAACACAUGAUAUUGACUUUUCUUAUCGCCCACAAUCUGUUUUGGGGGAUAGUAUAUUCCUGGGAAAUUUUGGGAUGUUCGCUUCACCAUAUGGAGAUUACUGGAGAUUCAUGAAGAAACUUUGUGUUACUGAUCUACUUGGAGCGCGACACCUUGAAAGGUCACGUAAUAUUAGACGCGAAGAAAUUAUGCGACUCUUGAGCAAAAUAUUGGAGAAAGCUGAUAAAAAUGAGGUUGUGGACCUGGGUAGUGAGUUAGGGAAGCUUACAAGUAGUGUCCUGUUGAAGGUUGAUACUUGGCUGGAAAUGCAGCAGUUCAACUGA